CAUUAUAGUAUUGUUAUCGACUCCAAUAUUUGUAAAUAAACCAUCAUGUGCUGCAAUGGGAAGUCAGGAAAAAUAUUCUGGAUAUAAAUUAGAAGUUUUAUCAAAACUCAGGCACAGGAAUGAAAACGAAAGAAAAAGAUAUGAAUCUAUCGUCAAUUUAACAAACAAUCUUUAUGAGUUAUUGGACUAUCACCUAAAAGAAAAUGUUCGAUUACGUGUUAGUAAAGCACAUCUUGAGCAAGAUGUAAUUGAUCUUCAAAGAAAUCCUGAUGCCAGUGUGCCAAGACCGGUUGAAAGGACCUAUUCUGGAAAAAACUUUCUCCUCUUACAAGAUGAGCUCACAGAACUACUCAAGCAAAAAGCAGAGUAUGCUCAGCAAGUCAUUGUUUUACGAAGUUCUAAUGAUGAGAAAGAGAAAGAAAUAGCUGCCAAAACCCUAGAAAUUCAAGAAUUGGAAACUCAAUUAAGAACAACGGAGCAGCUAUUGCAGCAAGUUCAGCAAAAGUUAAAGGAAACUGACCAUAAUUUACAAUUUGUGAAAGAUGAAUAUGAUGCUCUACUUAUAACAUACACAACUGUAGAAGAAAAAAAGACUAAGUUGGAGAAGGAAAAUCAGGAACUGAUUGCUCGCUUCAUUCAACUGAAGGCGUUAGAUGCUGACAAACUGAAUGCUGAGACAGAGUCUUUUCAAAGGAAAAAGCAAGCAAAAUUACAAAAGGAAUUAGAAGAAGCUGCAAAAGAGCCAGUUGUGAUUGAUUCCAAUAGGAGAAGUCAAAUUUGCUUAGAUGCAAUUGUGCCAAGAAAAGUUCAUAUAAAGUUUGAUGCUCAUGAUGGGGAAGUCAAUGCUGUAGCUUGGACUCAUACAGAUUUUAAAUUUGCUACUGCAGGUGGUGAUCAUAAAGUUAAAAUAUGGGAUAUUGUAACUGGAAAAGCAUGUGUGAAAGCAAUAGCUCAUGAUAGUACUUCGUCUAUAUAUUCUGUUGAUUUUGACCCAGAGGAAUCGUUGGUUCUUGCUGCCUCUUGCGAUUCUGCUAGUCGAAUAUGGAGUGUGCAUGACAUGAAGAUAAAGCACACACUUACUGGUCACACUAAUAAAGUUAUGUCAGCUAAAUUCUUAGGAGAUGCAACGAAAGUUGUUUCUGGAAGUCAUGAUAGAACUUUGAAAGUAUGGGACUUACGCAAAAGAGCUUGUAUUCGAACUAUUUUAGCAGCUUCAAGUGUAAAUGAUAUUGUUACAAGUGAAUCCAACAUUAUAAGUGGACACGUAGAUCGGAAAAUAAGAUUUUGGGAUACCAGAUCUGAAUCAAGCAGAAAUGAGAUUCUGAUGCCUGGAAGAAUAACGGGCCUCGAUUUAUCUGUUGAUGGAUAUUCUCUUCUUGCCUGUGUCAGAGAUGAUUCUCUCAAGCUUAUUGAUUUUAGAAUGAAUACUGUAACAAAUACAUUUAGUGCUGAUUCCUUUCUAAUUGGAUGUGAUUGGACAAGAGCAAAAUUUAGUCCAGAUGGUCAGUUCUGUAUAUGUGGCUCUCAAGAUGGGUGCAUUUAUAUAUGGAAAAUAUCAACUGGAACCAUAGAAAAAGUGCUAAGAGAACACACUUCUACUGUUAUUUCUUGUGCAUGGAGUUGGUGUGGAACUUACCUGCUAAGUUGUGAUAAAAAUAAGAAAGCUGUACUAUGGUCUGAAUUUUAGGAGGCAAAUUAGUCAUAAAAUCUCAUUUUUUUCAAAUUCUAUGUUUAAAAUAUCUGAACUUGCAUGUAAAUAAUGUCUUGUUGCCGAAAAUGUAAAAGUGCAUUGUUACAAAUCAUUUACUUUUUUAAUGUGAUGUUUUUCAUGAUUAUAUUGAUUAUCAUUCUACACAUUUUAAUCAUAUUGCUUUUAGAAUACAUAUUUUCUGUAAAUAGUCUACAAUGACUAAUCAUAGCUGGUGCAUUCAAUCAAUUUUUGAAGUAUAAAGCAUGUCAUAUAAUGUUUUAUUAAAAUUAUUAUAUUCAAAUAUU